AUGGCAUCUUCAGUUCGUAAUCAUAUUCAUAAAGUUGAAGAAAUACUCAAAGGAUAUUUAUAUGAAGGUCCACUUACUCCAUUUUGGAGUCUUCUUGAACAGAAGACUAAGCUUAAACGUGAACGCAUUGCUUUAGGUUUACUUGGCUUUAUUGCUAUCUAUUUGGUUCUUGGUUGGGCAAAAGAUUUUGUCUGUAAUUUUAUCGGAUUUAUUUAUCCAGCAUAUGCUUCAGUUUUAGCUGUUGAAUCAACAGCCACACAUGAUGAUACAGAAUGGUUAAUCUAUUGGAUUGUUUAUGCAUCAUUUGGAUUUGCUGAAUAUAUCGGAUAUUCAUUCUUUCAUUCGUUGCCAUUUUAUUGGCUUGGUAAAUGUCUUUUUCUUCUAUGGUUAAUGCUUCCAGGAGAAAAAGGUGGCUCUUAUAUCCUAUAUCAUCGUUUCAUCCGUCCAUUCGUACUUAAACAUCAUCCUGUUAUUGAUAAACAUAUUCAAGAUGCUAAAGAGCAAAUGAAGAAAUAUUCGAACAAUGAUUAUUCUAUUUAUCUUUUACAAAAAUUAGCGAGAAUGACUGCUCGCGAUCAAAUUCGAGCAAUGUUGGAUCAAUUAAUGGGAACCGAUAAUGGUUCAACUAAAUCAAGUAUGUCGUUUGAAGAUCGUCGAGUUUGUCGACCAUUCUUAUUAAACUGUUGUCCACAUGAAAUUCUUUCUGGAACUCGUGUUGAUUUGGGUGAAUGUACAAAAAUUCAUGAAUAUGCUUUACGUGCUGAUUAUGAACGAGCAGCAGCUACACGUGAUUUAUAUUAUGAAAUGGAUGCAUUAGAUAUGUUAAAUAAAUUUGUUGCUGAAUGUGAUCGAAAAACUGAACAUGCUAAACGAAAACUUCAUGAAACACAAGAAGAAUUAGGUGAAGAAGCUGCACGCAAAAUGAAUACUAUUCAUGAACUUGGUGAACAAAUUGGUACAAAAUUAGCUAAAGCUGAAGAAUUAGGUGCACAAGGUUUAGUUGAUGAAUCAAUGAAAUUAUUAGAAGAAGUUGAAGCACUAAGAAAAGCUAAAUUAGAAGCUGAACAAGAAUUUCGUUCAACAAUGCCAGCAUCAACAUAUCAACAACAAAAAUUACGUGUAUGUGAAGUAUGUUCAGCUUAUUUAGGUAUACAUGAUAAUGAUCGUCGUUUGGCUGAUCAUUUUGGUGGAAAAUUACAUUUGGGUUUUAUACAAAUACGUGAAAAAUUAGCUGAUUUAAAAAAACGUGUCAAUGAACUAAAUGAAAAACGUGACCUUGAAAGAAAAAAUCGUCGAAAUUCACCGUCACCAUCAUCACGAAAUGAUCGUCGAAAUGAUGAUAGAGAUAGAAACAAUUAUCGUUCAUCAAAUCGAAGUCGUAGUGGAUCAAAAAAAACUUCUACUAGAGAUAAAGAUCGACGACGAUCACGAUCAAAAUCUGAUCGUCGUUCAUCGAAAUAUUCACGUGGUCAUCGUUCAUCACGUUCACGUUCCCAUGGUCGACGACAUAGUAAACGUUCCCGUUCACGCUCUGGAUCAUCACGUCGUCAACGUCGUUCACGAUCUCGUUCUGGAACAUCAUCUAAACAUCAUCAUCGUCAUCGACAUCAUUCAAAAUCACCUGUACAUUCAUCAUCAAAUUCAAAACAUAAUGAUAGCGGUGAUUUUCAACGUAAAGAUAAAUCUGAUGAUAAUGUAUCAACUAAUCAUGUUGAUGAUGAUGAAGAAACAACACGUAUUCUUGAAAAUAUUCAAAGAAAGUUCGAUUUCGAAUUUCGUCUUACUUGUUAUUUAAUUAUUUGGUUAAUAUUAACUUUUAUUACAAUUCUUCUUGCUUGGUAUCGUUAUAACUGUAGUAUUAUUCAAUUAUUGUCUAAAAAACCUUCAAAUUUUGAAUUACACGGUCGAUCACGAUCAGAUAAUUUAUUGAAUACAUCAUCUACAAAUUCCAUUGGUACCAACGCCGUUGCUUCUACAAAAAAACUUGAUUAA